CUUGAAUUAUCUGGAUUAAACCAAGCAUAUCGAAGAUCCAAUGACCCUUGAAGACUUUGUGAGACCCUACCGAGAACCGGAACUGCAAGGCCUACUUCUACCUUAUCCUUGAAACAUUAUCAACUAUUGAAUAGCCCGCAUCACCCUCAUCUUCUCCAAAGAGGCCCCUUAUUAUGGAGCCUUAGCAGCUGUUUCUCGGGCACCAUAUCCGCAGUAUCAGCAAUGCCAGCUAGGAAAGAUCCACGGUUGAUGCAUUCUUCUGGCCAUGGCGACUGAUCCUAAAGCCGUUCGCCGCUAUCAGGCUGGUGUCGAGAGAGCUCUGGGACUAUUUGACGCAUCGAAUGAAUGGGCAGACUACAUUGCCUUUCUCAGCCGGCUCAUAAAAGCACUGCAAGCAUCUCCGCCAGACGCUGAUGUCCCAUUCAAACCGACUCUGGCAAAAUAUCUGGCUCUCUGUCUGAAACCAUCUUUACCCUCAGGAGUCCAUCAAAAGGCACUAGAAGUCUACAAUCUAGUCUUCACCCUCCUCGGAAGGGAUGGCCUGUCUUGCGACCUUCCCAUCUGGCUUCCCGGAGUCUCUCAUACCCUCUCCUUUGCCUCCUUGACUACGAGACCACUAUUCCUCUCCCUCUACGACGAACAUAUUUUGAGACUGCCCAGCCAUGUGCUGAGGCCAGCUCUCAGAGCUAUCAUCUUAUCUCUACUUCCAGGUAUUGAGGAGGAGGACAGUGAAGAUUUCGAACGUACCUUCAAUACAAUCAGUAGCGUUCGGCAGACAUUUGCGCAAGAUAAUGCUGAAGCAUUUUUCUGGCAGAGCCUGUUCCUGGCUUCCAUCACUAGUGUAAGCAAAAGACCAGGCGCUCUGGUCUACUUGACGAAACAGCUCCCAAAAUUAGGACCAAAAACAGUACAGUCACCUACGCAGGAAAAGCCGGACCGACAAAGUACACAAGAUCUCGGCCCAGAAAUCAAAGCUGUGACGACUCCCGAGCCUGGCUUGCUUGUUCGUUGCUUUGCAACAGGCCUUCAAGAUGAGCAACCGCUGGUCCAGCGGGGCUUUCUUGAUCUACUGGUGUCUCAUCUUCCGUUGAAUGCUGCGAUACUACGAGAUCACGUCUCGUCAAAAGACCUAGAUGUCCUAGUGACCUCUGCAAUGUCCGUUGUCCUCAGAAGGGAUAUGAGUCUGAAUAGGCGACUAUGGACGUGGUUUGUUGGCAGAGAGGAUAAGCGAGAGGGCUCGACAGAUAUGACGCAAGCCCCGGCAGAGCCACCUGCGAUACCUACCAGGAGCAUGACAGCGCCGAGCAGGCAAGAAUACUUUUCCGCAUACGGCCUUGACUCCGUGGUCAGGAGCUUGGAUAGAAUGCUGAAUAAGCAAUCACUGCUUCCCAUCGACAGGGCACGGCCUUUCCGAAUUAUGCUAUCAUUGAUGGAUCGUUGGGUCAUUGGCAGAUUGCCAGUGGAAGCUUUAUUCAUCGCGGCUAUGCGAGAUUUGCAACGAUAUCAGACCACAGCGCCUUCACAAGCAUCUUUUGACGAGGUUUUCCGAAGUGCCAACGUAUUCUUUGAUGCCAUAGAGCCUCAGGUCAUCACGGGCGAGCUGUUUCGAUUGCUUAAGAAGGGCGAUGUCCACUUGAUCGAGUUCAUAAUCUCGAAUUUCAAUCUACAAGAGGAAGAAAUACUGGCAAUCCACCUGCCAAUGCUCUGCCUAGCAAUUUCUGAGAUCCUCUUCGCAAGAAGCAACCACAAGUCGACGGGUAUUGUUCAAGAAGAAACGCACACAGCAGAUGAAGAACAGUUGUCAAGACUCUUGGAGGGCCUGCUCAGCUUACUACCUUCUCGGUCCGGUAGUGCACGCCCUGAAUCGCUAGAUGAAGUAUCCAAAGACGGGUGGAUGGAGAAACUCUUUGCGAUCUAUGGAAGUUCUUCCUAUGUGAAAAAGGCACUUCUUGAUACCCUUCGUCCUGAGUCGGCGGACCAGCUUCUACUACGCAAUACCACCCUUGUCAUUCUUGACUGCCUCCAACAUGAGACUCGGCGGAGUCAAGGGUUACUGGGAUCGUUGAUCAAUAUUUUCACGAAGGCCAUCUCUAGGACUAGUACUCUUGAGGUAUUACAGCAACUUGAUUUCGGUAACAAAAUUGAUUCGGCUCUACUUACCGCUCGGACGAGCUCAACAUCAACUAAAUAUGAGAUUGCCAGAACAGUUGCCAGGAUGAUUGACACUGUUCAUGUCUUUGAUCCAAGCAACAAUACUCUGACCGACCACCAUCUACUUCGCAUCAUCCCUGAACUUGUGUCGCAACUUUGGGACGUGCUCCUCCCCUGCACUCCUCAGUUUCAGGUCGAAGCCGUUGAGCAAAUAUGGAAUCUCCGCAUUAUCUCGGGAGGGCUCCUUCUGGUCGAUAGUAAAAUCAUGGACUUAAUGUGCGAACAAGAUUCUACUGUCAGCGAGCUGGCUGAUCGAGUCUCCCGAUUUUCAACAUUCUGGAUGCACACACGCUUCCCCGAACUCAAUGCAGAGGUCUUCUCUGCAGCACACAGCAACGAUGAGGACGGAGUGCCCUGGGCUCUGCUGCGACAACCUGUACUGACCAUGAUUGAUGGCUUAAACCUGGCACAACAAGAAGACCCACGACGAAUAUGGCUCAGCAACCUUCCGUCAAUACUGCCGGUAUUUAGGAUAGUUUUUGGUGAAUACACUAGGACCCGCAGCUCACAGCAUUCCUUGCUGGGUCUCCACCGACUUCAGAGGACUGUGAUCGUCGCACGGCAAUCUAGCAUCCAUCGGAGCGAGCUUUUCAGCACCAACGGAUUCGCAGGAGUGCUUCUGGAUGUCUGCGCGGAAAAUGUCGCAAGUGGAUCGAGCGACGAUGAGACCACCAAGAUGACUUUAUCUGUCCUCCGCGUGCUGAUCGAAGAAACUGAUAUCAGAGGCACGCACGACCUGACGAAUCUGCUAUUGCAACAGUUGACCAAGGCAGCUACGAGAAGUUCUCUGCAAGAAGACUAUCUGGACACUUUGCAGGCAAUAUUCGCAAAACCGAAUCCUGGACCACCUCCAAACAAGCUUGUGACGGUUUUGAUAGCGGGGAUAUCGUCGGAAAGUGUUGAUGCGAGUAUCGAUAAAUGGAUUACGCUACUCUGCAAUACUCUCCCCCUCUAUCCAACGCAGUCCUUACUAGCGAAUAUGCUCAAGCUGACGGCUUGUUUUUGUCAACGGAUUAAGGCAUAUUUUGAGCUUAUGCAGCGGUUGUGCGAGAAAACAACCCCUACAAAUCAUGUCAAUGGAGGUACAGUCACCCAAGCAGCAAAAAACCCAGAGAGGUCAGUCAACAACCUUCUUGCAGGACUGGAAUACAUCCUUGCUAGAGCACAUACUCAUCUAGCCGACCGGCCUUCAACGUCGGACAGCUCCGCCAUGAAUGCCACUGAAAUAGCUCAGUCCCGUUUAAUCGCUAAUAGUCGACUUACUGUCGUCUUAUGUAUGCAGGACACGAUCAAGCUUUGUGGCGAGAUUUGGGCGUGGAGGAUUCUCAAGAGACCAUCUAGUGCCGUCAUUGACACAAAGUCCUUCGCUUACCUCUCAUCCAGGCUGCGUACGAGGACAAGGAGGAUACUAGAGCACUUGUCUGAUGCAGAGCCACAAGAAUGUUUGGAGACACUGAUGGGAAUGUGGGUGGACGCGGCUCGUCGAGAUUCGGAGCAAGAUGUCAUCUUGAACUUGAUGCAGAGUCUUGAUGGAGCGCGGCCCAAGUUCAUGAUGCCGGCAACUUUCAAUGCUAUAUACAACCGCACAAACCCCGCCGCACUCGACCAGUCCCAGAAGUCAAGCUUGUCCGUCGAUGUUACCGCACUUGAGUUGAUGGCAUUCCUGAUUGCAUAUACAAAAGCCUUGGAGGAUGACCUGCUGGAAGAAAUCUGGACCGACUGUACGGCAUUCCUACGAGAAGUCCUUGCGAAUCCAAUGCCGCAUCGCCAAAUUCUGCUUAAGCUAUUGCAAUUCGUCGCUGUCGUCUGUCAAAAAAUGGAGAACACCAACUUUGGAGAAGUGUCCAAGAUGCGGCGAGAAUUGGGCGACCUGUGUUCUAGAUUAUUCACUGCCAUAUUCACUAUCAGACCAGCAGGUCUCGACUCCACAGCACAGCGAAUGGCAGAGCCUGCUAUCAGCCGGAAAAGCGAACUCCAAGCUGGAAAUGCGAUCCAUAUCCUCUGCGAGUCUCUACCAGUCAUCGGCAACGCGCUGGGCGACCAGGACAGACUGAACAACACUCUUGCUGGCGUAGCCCUGCACAUUACUGGGCCUGCUCUCCGGUCGAAGCAGUUCCCUCAGUCAAUCAGCAUGGACAUUCUCCGACUACUCCUGUUGUUGGCUAAAUCGCAACCCAAUAACAAGACAUGGAAGAAGGAUGUCCUUGAUGUGCUCAAUGAUGGGAAGUUCUUUCAGUCCCCUGCCCCUCUAGCUGAAGGCUGGUUGCCGCUGAUAAAGCAAAUCUGGCUGUCAGACAAAGGCUUGGUGACGGAGCUUGUGUCCAAAUUGACAGCGCCUACUACUGCUGGCUUGGUGUUCGGCGUUGGAGCCACUGCCGCGCGAACUGAAGCUGAUAGGAGAACACAGCUGAUACUCAGACGCAUAGCUCUGUUGCUGAUCGCUGGCGACACAGAUGCUUUUGUUGCCGAUAUACCUCAGAUUGUGCGGAAACUGGAAGAGCUUCUGACAUCCACGCCAUCCUCAUCGCCCUCGUCCAGCACGCGUGGUGACGUGUAUCUCGUCCUUCGAGCGAUGGCGCUGGCAUUGACGCCAAUCCACCUUGUCUCCUUGUGGCCGAUUGUCGAUGUGGAGUUGCGUGACCUCUUCACCAGCUUACAGAAAGGCGAACAGUCAACAUUCACAGGAUACUCACAGCUGCAGGGAGCCAAACUUCUGGAUCUUCUUCUUCUCAUGAAACCCGAAGAAUUCCAAAUGCACGAGUGGUUGUUUGUCACAGACACCGUGGAUGCUGUGUAUCCACCAUAUAACUUUGAGCCAGCUGCAAUAGCAGAUACCAUGGUGACCAGAGGCGAAAAGGAGAUUGAUCUCCCGUCGGUAUCUGAAAACGAGCCCAGAAGACCGUGGCUAUGCACCGAGACGACUCGAAAAGCAGAAGAUCCCGAGACGCUUCUACGGCCAUUCUUCAAGCAGCUGAGCAUUCAUGCUUUUGAGGAUAUAUACAGUCUCCAGGCCAUUGACCUUGAGGCAUGUCGGAGGGAUUUGGUGGCGGAUUUAUUCGUCGAUUGAACGCAGAUGAAGAGCUGCGGCUCAGCGACGUCUGUGGUAUACAGCAUCCGCCUCAAGGGAUCACCACAUAGGAGUAGUCCAAGUUGAG